AUGUUCAGAAACAACUAUGACAACGAUUCCGUCACAUUCUCGCCCCAGGGCAGAAUAUUCCAGAUCGAGUACGCCGCCGAGGCUGUGAAGCAGGGCUCCGUCGUCGUCGGCAUCGCCAGCAAAACACAUGCCGUCCUGUGCGCGGUCAAGCGUAACGCCGAGGAACUCUCUUCAUACCAAAAGAAGCUCUUUUCGAUCGACGAGCACGCCGGCAUCGCCAUCGCGGGCCUCACCUCCGACGCCCGCGUCCUCUCCAACUUCAUGAAGCAGCAGUGCCUCGGCCACCGCCUGACCUACGGCCGUGCCAUGCCGAUCCGCUCCCUCGUCGACAUGAUUGGCGAGAAGGCCCAAAUCAACACCCAGGUCUACGGAAAGCGGCCCUACGGUGUCGGCCUGCUCGUGGCAGGCGUCGACGAGCGCGGUCCCCACCUGUUCGAGUUCCAGCCCUCGGGCAUGACGGAGGAGAUGGUCGCCUUUGCCAUCGGUGCCCGCAGCCAGAUGGCCCGUACCUACCUCGAGCGCAACAUUGAUGCCUUUGCCGACUGCUCGCGCGAGGAGCUCGUGCGGCACGGCCUCCGCGCCCUGCGGGAGAGUCUGGUGCAGGACAAGGAGCUGACGGUAGAGAACACGUCGGUUGGCUUGGUGGGCGUCGUCGAGGAGGAGGGCAAGAAGACGGUUCAGCCGUUCAAGCUGUACGACGAGGUCGAGGUGAAGCAGUGGCUCGACACCGUCGGCGAGAGCCAAGGAGGCGGCGGCGAGGGAGAGGGCGAGGGCAUGGACGUGGACAGUUAG